AAAUUCAUUUUUCAGAAACCAAAAUCCCUUCUCUGCCUCUCGCACAAGCUGCUCUCUCCGGCCACGCCCUCCUCCGUCCGACCAAACACUCCUCCGUCCGGUCGCUACAUUUCGCAGUUCAAUCCGAACACACCGAUCUGGGACAUUGAGUAGAUGAAUAUGGAUGGUGAUUUAGCCAACAUUAAGAAAUGGAUUAUAAUAUAUCCAGUUUACAUUAAUUCCAAAAAGACCGUAGCUGAAGGUAGACGAAUCGCUCUAUCUAAAGCAUGUGAAAACCCUACCUGUGCUGAAAUCGGUGAUUGCUGCGCUUUUCUUAAACUUCCCUUUGCAAUUGAGAUUGAUAAGGCUUAUCCUCGUGAUUUCAUGCAAAGAGGGAGAGUUAGGGUAUUGUUGAAAAGAGAAGAUGGAACCCUCACUAAUUCCUCCAUUGCAUCCAGGAAGCAACUAAUGCUGCGUGUUGCUGAGAUGGUGCCAAAACAUCAUGGAAGGACUAAGAAGCAGGAGGCUGCAGCAACGUCAACAGCUGGUCCUUCGAACAAAUCUGGGAAGGGUGGAAAAAAGAGGAGAUAAUUCUAUAUGAAAGAUUGUUUUACAUUUUGGUAUUAGGGUCUUUUGUAGGAUAAAUUUUUUCUUCUGAAAUGGAUAAUUUAUCCCUAUCCCCAACUAAAUCGAAACUUGAAAGAGUCUACAAGGUGCUGUGCCACUCAUGCCAAGUGCAAUACAAUUAACAAAAAUGUUUCUUGCCUUUGAAAAUGCACUGUUCAGAUUUGAUAGAUUUUGAAUUGUUAUGUUGUCAAAAAGGAAGACUUAAACCAACAAUAGACUUAAAUUGUGGAUUGGUUUGGCACAAAUAUUUUUACAAUAAUGUGCCAUUUGUUGA